AUGCAUGCCCUGCACUGCCCUGAGUGCCCCUUGGCAUCCUGGGUGUGGAUAGAGGUUGACAGCCCUUCGUGUGGGGCGGUGGUGAGCAAGCUGUCCCGUGGGGUGCUGACCACAGUGUUGCUUUGUCUCUUGAAGGUGAUUAGGACGACCGGUUUCAUGAAGGGCCUCUACACGGAUGUGGAGAUGAAGUCCGAUAAUGUUAAGGAUAAAGAUGCAAAAAUUAGCUUCCUUCAGAAGGCCAUAGACGUGGUGGUAAUGGUCUCUGGAGAGCCACUGUCGGCAAAGCCAGCUCGGAUUGUGGCGGGGCACGAGCCUGAAAGAACCAACGAGCUGCUGCAGAGAAUCGGGAAGUGCUGUCUCGGCAAGCUCUCCAGUGACGAUGCAGUGAAGAGAGUGUUAGCCGGAGAGAAGGGGGACACGAAACGAAGGCCCUCCCUCACAUUGAAGCCUCAAGAAUUGGAUAAUAAGAACGCAAGGGAAGAAGAGCCCAGGGUCCCUAAAGACAAAGAGGAUAGAAGAAACUCUGAAGUCAACGAGAGAAGUACCAACAGAGAGGGAAAACGGAAGGAGGAAGUGGGAGGAGAGAGCAAGCCGAGAGAGAGGGACCGGGACAAGGAGAAGGCCAGGGAGAGUGACCGGGAGCGACAGAGGGAGCCCGAGAGAGACAAGAUCCGCCAAGGGGAGAGAGAGAGAGCCAAGACCCGGGCCAGGCCGGAGAGGGACAGGGACCGGGACAGAGGCAACAGAGACCGGGACAAGGACGCGGACUGGGAGAGGGAACGGAAGAAUGAGGCAGGAAGGGAGAAAGAGCGGUGGAAAGACCGGGAGAGAGAGCGUGAGCGAGACAAGGGCAGGGACCAGGACAGGGACCGGGACCGGGACCAGCGGAGGGUGAGAAACGGGGAGCACGCCCGGGACCCCGACAGGGAGAAGAGCCACGAGCAUGAGAAACCAGAGAAAAAGUCAUCAAGUGCAGGAGAGAUGUCUAAAAAGUUGUCAGAUGGAUCUUUUAAAGACUCCAAAGUUGAACCAGAGACUGAGGUUUCCACUGGAGCAUCCAGGUCAGUGACAACAAAGACAUCGAAACGGCGAUCCAAAAAUUCAGUGGAAGGAACGAAAGAAGCUAAAACUAACUCAGCUAGUGUUUCAGACGAUAAUUCGACUAGUCUGUGGCGUGACAGCACUGAGCCGGAAUCCGCAGUGAAGCCCAGAGGUGACUCCCCUAGUGAUGCAGAAGGAGAAGCUGGACCUCCUGGCCAGGAGAAGUGUGAGGUGCUGGAGAGCUCGGAGCCAGCCGGCGAGCUCCCGUCUGCGGUCAGACGAAUACCUCGGCCUGGGAGCGCAAGGCCAGCACCUCCCCGGGUGAAACGGCAGGAGAGCUCAGAGGCACUGACGACAGACAGGGCAGGGAGUGGUAAAACCGUGUCAAAUGUGAUUAUAGAUUCACAGAACUCUGACAACGAGGACGAUGAUCAGUUUGUGGUGGAGGCCGUCCCCCAGCUUUCUGAGAUGUCAGAACCAGAAACGGUACAAGCAGUGGAAUUAGAAGAAGACGAGAAGCACGGAGGACUUGUCAAAAAAAUUCUGGAGACUAAGAAGGACUAUGAGAAGUUGCAGCAGUCACCCCAACCUGGAGAGAAGGACAAGCUGCUGGUCUUUGAGUUGGCGUGGAAGAAGGAGAAGGACAUAGUCUCCAAGGAGAUAGAGAGGCUCCGUGUGUCCACCCAGACCCUGUGCCGCAGCGCGCUCCCCCUGGGCAAGAUCAUGGACUACAUCCAGGAGGACGUGGACGCCAUGCAGAACGAGCUGCAGCUGUGGCGCGCCGAGAACAUGCAGCACGCUGAGGCCCUGCAGAAGGAGCAGAGCAUCACAGACGCUGCGGUGGAGCCGUUGAAGGCGGAGCUGGCGGAGCUGGAGCAGCUGGUUAGAGACCAGCAGGACAGGAUCUGCGCUGUGAAGGCCAACGUUCUAAAGAAUGAAGAGAAAAUUCAGAAAAUGGUGUACAGUAUCAAUUUGAGUUCCAGAAGGUGAAAGCUCCAAGUUGCAAAGCCUAGCGGUCGUCCUCAGUCGGAAGGUGCCAGGAGCCGGGGACGCCGUGACUCCUCGAGCUCCCCUCUGAGGAGGACGAACCGUUGACGACGCUCCCCAGCGAGCUGCAGAGCUUCGCAGCGCCAGGCGUGUUCGGUGUGCGAGAGGCCGCGUCUCCUCCCGUCCUCCAGCUGGAGCCCUUGCUAGUUAUAAAUAGCUCUUCAAAAUGGCUGUGUGAGGAGGUUCUUUACAACUUUCCUGUUCUUUGUGUUUCUGCGGAGGCCUGUUCUGUUCAUUCUGAACCAGAAUUCUCUCGCAGGUAAGUGGUGCUGGCACACCAAGGCAGGAGUCCUCGAUUUCAGUCUCUGGCCGGGGGACAGGACUUCCGGGAGCCAAGCACUGAGUGAAGGAUGGCUGUCCUUUCUGAUGCGAACGUCAUAAAUAGAAUGAGGCCUGAAAAGGAAUGAGUUGUAUUUUUAGCUCCUUCCCACUUGAGAAGGGUUGAUAUCAGCCCAUAUCAGGUAGAUGUGAACUUUUAAUCUCUUUGUAAUUGCAGGCACUUCUUUAUGUAAUUUUCUUAUUGGCCCCUAUUAUCUUUUGCUUAUAUUUCCAGCCCUUAAAGUUCAUGAAUUUCAAAAGGAGGUUUCAUAAUGGCCUUCACGGACAUUGGGCAUGAGAUUGUCGCAGGCUGUAUCCUCACUGUCUUCAGCAUUUUGCCCCUGGGUCUCCCCCGGGCCUACGAGUGCAGCUGGCGGGCGUCCUGGUUCCCGCGGGAGGAGGGGCUUGCUCGCCGGGGCGUCGGCAUCAUGCCUUUCCCUUGCGCAGGCGUAAGCACCUGUGCACCUGAGAGACAGGUAGCUUAGGGGAAACCGCAAAGGAAGACUUAAAAGAAUGCACCGAUUACAAAAUUUUUUGAUGUUCCUAUUUUUUUGGAAGUUGUUUUUUAAAGCAGAAGUUUUUUUGUUAAUGGUUUAUAUUUAGUUUUUCACUACGUAUGAUACUGUAAAUACUUACUAAAAUCUUAAAUUUGUGUAUAAAGGAUUUCACAGUUUGGAGACAUACUUACGGGUCUUAAGGUCUGGUUCCUGAUACUUUUAUUGCUAGAUGCCGUAUUUAUUAUGUAACCCAAGGUGUGCCAUUUUAAGUGUUAGAUUGCCUGAGAAUGUUUUGUUUCCUCAAAGACAAGCACAGGUGGCGUGGUUAGGUUUUCUUGGAGUAAUUUCCAAAACAGAUCCCUUACAAAGGCAGUUGUAGGGUUUUCUAGGCUGAGUGCGUCCAAGACCAGAUCGUAAGAUCUGCCAUGUUGAAGCGCCGGCUUUCCCGCCUUCCUGUGGUGCCCACGACGGUCUGUCUGGUCGAUGAUCCUAAAUGCACUUCAGGGGGGGAGGAGGACCAAGCCCUCUGCGCACCUUUUCGUGUCUGUGUCUCUUUUCUCCUGGCUGGAAUGACUUCGCUGCAGCCCCACAGGGAGCCUGUUUCACUUCAGGUUAAGAUGUCUGCCUUUUAUAAAUUUGUACGUAAGACUAGAAUUUUUGUGUUGCAAAAAAUUGCAUACAUUGUAUGUGAGUAAAAUUUUGUAUGAAGUAGUCUAUCAAAUUGUAUCAUAAAAUUUAUUUUUCUUUUAUACAUAAAUCAUUAAAAAUAAUCACAUAUUUUUUCUAUUAA